AUGUCACAUUUUGAUGAGUCAUAUUCUCAAGUUUUCUUUGGCUAUAACUCUGGUGAUUCAGAGAGUUCUUUUAUCGGAGAUAAACCAAUAAUUAGAGAAAUAAGUGAAGAUAGUAGUGUAUUAUUCCAUACAAAAAAACGAAGAUCAUCUCGUGUUCCUAAUAUGAGUCGUCAUAUCACUUGUUUUGAAAAUGACUUUGGAGGUUCAAUUGAAAUGUUUAGUUAUUCACAAUAUUUACAAUUAGUUAAAACAAAACAACAGUUGAUUGAUUGUAAUAUCAUAUUAUUACUAUUUACUUAUUUAUCUAAAGGAACAUAUAAAAUUUUUACUCAGUUCUUACUCGAUAUAUUACCCCAAUUGUUUGUUUAG